AUGACCGGCACCAAGAGCAAGUCGUCCACCAAGGCCGGCUCGCCGCUCCUCGGCAAGUACGAGCUCGGCCACCUCCUCGGCCGAGGCAACUUCGCCAAGGUAUACCACGCGCGCUGCCUCGCCGGGGGCGACCCCGUGGCCGUGAAGGUUCUCGACAAGCCCGAGCUGGCCGCCGCGGGCAUGGCGUCGCGGCUCCUGCGCGAGGUCUCCGCCAUGCGGCGGCUGAGCCACCCCAACGUGCUCCGCCUCCACGAGGUGCUGGCCACGCGGUCCAAGGUGUACCUCGUGAUGGAGCUGGCCCCGGGCGGGGACCUCCUGUCCCGCCUCGCCUCCCUGCCGUUGCGCAGGCUCCCCGAGCACGCCGCGCGGCGCGUGUUCCUGCAGCUGGCGUCGGCGCUCAUCUACAGCCACGCGCGCGGGGUGUUCCACCGCGACGUGAAGCCGCAGAACGUGCUCCUGGACGCCGACGGCAACCUCAAGGUGUCCGACUUCGGGCUGGCCGCGCUCCCGGACUCGCUCCGCGACGACGGGCACCUGCACACGGCGUGCGGCACCCCGGCGUUCGCGGCGCCCGAGGUGCUCCGCCGGAAGGCCUACGACGGCGCCAAGGCCGACGCGUGGUCCUGCGGCGUCAUCCUCUUCGUCCUCCUCGCGGGCCACCUCCCCUUUGACGACGCCAACAUCGCCGACAUGUGCCGCAAGGCGCACCGCCGGGAGUACACCGUGCCACGGUGGGUGUCGCAGCCGGCGCGCCGCCUCGUGGCGCGCCUGCUGGACCCGAACCCGGCGACGCGCCUCGCCGUCGCGGAGCUGGCCAGCCACCCCUGGUUCAAGCGCUCGCUCAGCGUGGACUCCCAACUCGGGGGCCUGCUGGGCGGCCAGGCGGAGCGCGAGCUGGCGUUCCAGGCCCCGCCGGCGCUGAACGCCUUCGACAUCAUUUCCAUGUCCCCCGGGCUCGACCUGUCGGGGCUGUUCCGCGAGAGCAGGCGCAGCCGCGAGAAGCGGUUCAUGACGACGGCGUCCCCCGAGCAGACGGUGGAGCGGCUCGGGCAGGCUGGCGCCAAGCUCGGCUACUUCAUGGUGGGGAAGAAGGGAGUGGAGCGCCUGCCGCUGGGCGGCCUGUCGGGUCUCGUGGCCAUGUCGAUGGAGAUGUCGGAGGUGUCGCCGGAGCUGAUGCUAGUGGAGCUGAGGCUGGAGGGCGGCGACGGCGACGGCGACGAGGCCGAGGCGUUCGGGUGGGAGGAGCUCCGGGUGGAGCUGGGCGACGUGGUGACAGCAUGGCACGUGUGCGAAGAAGGUUGA